AAUGACUCUCAUUAUCUGCGUCUUAAGUAAUAUUUAACUUCAGAUAUAGUGUUAUAGUCUUAGCCAAUCAGGAAAGAGACUUUGACAUAUCUAUGAAAUCAUGCAACUGUGGGCAGAACAAAACAAAAGCACAUCUUACAUAAUACUGUCAUAUCCGUGCAUAUUUCUGAUGGAACAAUGUAUAAUAAAUAGUCAUCUCUACUCAAACAUGUUAUUAUAAAAUCUAAAAAGCAGAACUGUAACAAAAAAACUAACUUUUUUUAAAAGAAAACUUUUUUUUUUUUAAUUUUCACUCCUCAGACGCCAUAUGUUUUCAUCCUUUUGUGAUGACACCAUUCUAAAAUUUAAAAAGCUUUUAGUUUUUUAAAAAAAAUAUGUUUAUACUAUUUAUACAAAAAUUAUAACCUAUUAUUAAUUUUACUUUAAUAUGGAAGUUUGUCCCCUUCAUUCUCCAGUAUGUCUUCCUUUGUGUGAACAGAAGAAAGAAAAUCAAAUAGUUCUGUGUAAAGUGAUUUGAAAAUUAUGACAGUAUUAACUUUCCCUUUAACGCUUGUCUCUCCAAAUCUGACAUUAUGACAAAGGUUGCUGAGUGUAAGGGUGCUUUUAGCAAGUAUAUGUUUUUACAGAUAAAACGAGGCAAUUAGCUUAUGCAUAUUGUACUUACACAAAGGUAAGUUCUCGACUAUUUUUACCUCAAACAUUUACCGUACGUCAAGCUGAACUGACCGUAUAGACCGCAACAAACCAUUCAUGAUAUCUUAAAGAGACGUUUGAAGUUUAUAAUAACAGCAAUGGGCCUACGGAAAGUCAAUGAAAAAAACAUUGGUAGUCAUUGUUUUGCACAGACGUUCGUCGACGCCUUCUCUUAUCCAUUUAUUGGAUUUGCUACAUUAAUCAUUAACCCCAGCUAUGUUUGACUUGUACUGUAAAUGUCUUUUCCGCUUGUGUCAUAUGAACGCUGAAGGUGAAGGGUUCUGUGUUUUGGAUAAACUGUGACAAUUUCAAAGAUGCUUCAUACAUCAAACAUGCUUCACAGAAUUGGUGUGACUGAACUGCAGCCAUGACCCCAAAGGACAGCUGCCAAUCCUGAGGAGAUUUGUGUUUCAGAAAUGGCUUACCUGGCGCAAUCUGUCCACCGGCAGUUUGCAGGUCUGGUGUUGGGGUUUGUAGCAUGGAUAAUGACGGCCUCUGUUUCUGGCGUGAACGACUGGAGGAUUUGGUACGUAGACAAUACGACGGUCAUCACCGGUGGAGUGGCCUGGGUGGGCGUUUGGAGGGCCUGUUUCAACAGCCACGUUUUGGACUCUGCGGAGAUCUGCAAAAGCAUCGGCCUUACAGAUUCCUUCACUCCUCCAGAGAUUGCAGCUGCUCAGGUGCUUUGCAUGAUCGCUAUUGGCGUAGGGGUUGUUGCGAACCUGCUGGCUGGAUAUGCAGUGAGAAACGCCAUCUUCGGGGUAGACGGUGGCCAUGUCAGGUUGGCGUUUGUGAUGGCGGGUAGCUUGUAUUGGUUGACUGCCACGUGUUCGCUGGUCCCUGUCUUUUGGAAUAUGAGUUCGGUUCUGGCCAAUCUCACUAUAGAUUUUCCUCCUGAAUUUUACUUGCCUUCCACUCCUGUAAAACAGGAAGUGGGUCCUGGGAUCGGAAUUGGGAUCGGUGCAGGUUGUCUACUCAUUGUAAGUGGACUACUGUUAAUGUGCUACAGGUAUCCUAAAACCAAGAUGCCUUUGAGUGAAGAAAAUGGACAUUUUGACAAAAGUCAAAGGAAUGAAGGCUGUUUUGGUGUAAUUAAAGAGAGUGUGGAUGAAGGGAUAAUCAACACUGCCUUUGAAGCUUAGAAGCGCUAUUUAAAUCCAUAACUGUAUGGAAAGACUUUGAAAGAUCUAAAAUACUCAUUUUGGACUGUUUGAGGAGAACUUGUUUAUAUCUAAAUAGAAUAUACUUUAUUUAAAUUAUUUUAUUAUAAUUUGAAUAUUUCAUAAUUUAGUGAUAUGAAUAAAGGCAAGCUGUCUGAAUUGUAUUGAUAUCAGUCCUAUUACAGGUCGCAUAUCAACUUUUGUUUCUCUUAUUUUUGUUAUGUGAUAUGCAGGACACAAAUGCUAUGCUUGUUAAAUGUAUGUAGAUAUAUUUCAAAAGUUUGGGGGGGUAAGAUUUUGUUACCAAACCAUUGUUUGUUUAUUUAUUUAAUGAAAAUACAGAACAAGCAGCAGACAGCUUAUCACAAGCCUUAUUUACAUGUUUGUACAAUAAUGAAAUCACUGCAAUUUGAAAAACAGAAUGAUCCAGAUUAUCUGAUUAAAAAAUUUAGAAUAGCUAUA